AUGGGCUGCAGCUGCAGCAAAAACGCUGCGUUGGAGCCGCGCCGUCCGCUGCCAACAUUGUUGGGUGCUGUGCCGAAACACAGCGAAGCAUCAGACCCCAAAGGAGAGAAGGAUGUUGAGAAGGCUCAGGAGAAGGCUCAGAAGGCAGAGAGAGCUGUCGAAGUUUCGUGCCAUGCCUCUGCAGGUGCGAAGUGGCAUUUGGAACUGCUGGCUGUGAGCGCCGAACUGAAACAAAAGCUGCAAGAUCCUCAGUUCGUGGCAACCCGCUGCGACUUGGAUGGCUCUGGUGAUCUCGAUGCACACGAGCUGAAGCAGGCGGCUAGGGUCUACGGCAUCUCGCAGAGUGGCAGCUCCGAAAACCACGACGGCACCAAUCCUCGUCUCAUGGCUGGGCAACGCGUCAGCAAAGAAAGCUUCGCUGAAAUGGUGGCCUCUCAAGGAAGAACAGUCCCGCACUCCUUGCGUGGAAUGGCAUUGGGCCAGCUUCAACAUCUUGAAGCCUUGUUCGUCACAACUGGAUGGCUAUCUGCGCGAUGUGAAUCCUUCAACGCAGAGAAUGCCCAUGCCAUUGCCAAAGGCAGGAAGUUCAGACAAGAUACCAAUCUUUAUGCCUUGGACACUUUUGUGGUGACUCCAAUGUCGAAGCCAGGCAUGUGUGGAGCCCGUGAACAUGAUGAGCAGCAGACCAUUGCCGAAGCACGCGGAAUUUCAUCCUUUUCACAACUGGUGAACCCAUUCGGCCUGUUUGUUCACUGCUUUGUCUCCCAUUUUUGGGGACACAAGUUCACAAGCACUGUCACGGCUCUUGACUUGUGGGCAGGUGCGAACUACGACAAGCUGACCUCGGAGAAGGAGGCCCUGGUCUACUGGAUAUGCCUCUUUGCGUUGAACCAGCACGACGUGGCCGAGGAGGUGGGGGAAAAUCCUCAGCAGGGGCCAUUCAACGCAGCACUGGCGCAAGCCACUGGUGGUGCAGUGAUGGUUUUGGAUGAAGAAGUGAAGCCGUUUUCUCGCAUCUGGUGCCUCUUCGAGGCUUCUCGGUUGAAGGACUUGCAGCGGCCCUUUGAACUGAUUUGCAGUGAGGGUUCCUUGUCCCAGCCUGAGAACGGUGGACACACGGCUGUGAGCGCCAAGAUGCUCGAAACCACAUGCCAGGCCUUGUGGAACGUGUCCACUGCCAAGGCUGAAAGCUCAAUAGUCGCCGACAAAUAUCAGAUUUGGAUAGAAACGGCCGACAAAUCCAUCAGGGGUGCCAUAAAGGGAGUGGGUGCCGAACGUUGGUUCAAUGCUGUCAUAGAUCAACAUGGGGCCGAUGCGUUGGCAGAGGUCUUCGGCGACUUUGAUUGCUACAUGAAGUCUCUACUCUCCACCACGGUGCUUCAGCUCCUGAUGGCUAGGGGCGACUUUGCUUCGGCGGCCACGUGCUGCCUUCAAGGAGCAGAUGUUAGUUCUGAGCAGCUGGCAGAGAUUUGCAGCAGUUUUGCUGCAGAAACUGAGAGAAGAGAAUGGCUGAACAGUAUGCACGAUGGUUUCACAGCGCUGAUGUCCGCUGCUGAAGGGGGCCAUGAGGCCGUGGCCCAGCUGUUGCUACAGCACGGUGCCGAUGUGGCGGCAGCAAUGAACGAUGGCGACACAGCAUUGAUGUUGGCUGCUUACAAUGGCCAUGAGGCCGUUGCCAAGGUGCUGCUACAGCACGGUGCCGAUGUGGCGGCAGCAAUGAACAAUGGUUUCACAGCACUGAUGUUUGCUGCUGUAGGUGGCCAUGAGGCCGUGGCCCAGCUGUUGCUACAGCACGGUGCCGAUGUGGCGGUAGCAAGCAACGAUGGUGGCACAGCAUUGAUGUUGGCUGCUUACAAUGGCCAUGAGGCCGUUGCCAAGGUGCUGCUACAGCACGGUGCCGAUGUGGGGGCAGCAAAGAACGAUGGUGACACGGCAUUGAUAUCAGCUGCUUGUGGUGGUCACGAGGCCAUGGCCCAGCUGUUGCUACAGCACGGUGCCGAUGUGGCGGCAGCAAAGAACGAUGGUGUCACAGCACUGAUGUUUGCUGCUCAAGGUGGUCAUGAGGCCGUGGCCCAGCUGUUGCUACAGCACGGUGCCGAUGUGGCGGCAGCAAGCAACGAUGGUGGCACAGCACUGAUGUGGGCUGCUCAAGGUGGCCAUGAGGCCGUGGCCCAGCUGUUGCUACAGCACGGUGCCGAUGUGGUGGUAGCAAGCAACGAUGGUGGCACAGCUUUGAUGUGUGGUGCUCUAGGUGGCCAUGAGGCCAUGGCCCAGCUGUUGCUACAGCACGGUGCCGAUGUGGCGGCAGCAAGCAACGAUGGUGGCACAGCACUGAUGUUGGCUGCUCAAGGUGGUCAUGAGGCCGUGGCCCAGCUGUUGCUACAGCACGGUGCCGAUGUGGCGGCAGCAAGCAACGAUGGUGGCACAGCACUGAUGUUGGCUGCUCAAGGUGGCCAUGAUCAUGUGGCCGUAGCCCAGCUGUUGCUACAGCACGGUGCCGAUGUGGCGGUAGCAAACAACGAUGGCGACACAGCAUUGAUGUGGGCUGCUCUAGGUGGCCAUGAGGCCGUUGCCCUGCUGUUGCUACAGCACGGUGCCGAUGUGGCGGCAGCAAGCAACGAUGGUGUCACAGCACUGAUGUUUGCUGCUCAAGGUGGUCAUGAGGCCGUGGCCCAGCUGUUGCUUCAGCACGGUGCCGAUGUGGCGGCAGCAAGCAACGAUGGUGUCACAGCACUGAUGUUUGCUGCUCAAGGUGGUCAUGAGGCCGUGGCCCAGCUGUUGCUUCAGCACGGUGCCGAUGUGGCGGCAGCAAGCAACGAUGGUGUCACAGCACUGAUGUUUGCUGCUCAAGGUGGUCAUGAGGCCGUGGCCCAGCUGUUGCUUCAGCACGGUGCCGAUGUGGCGGCAGCAAGCAACGAUGGUGUCACAGCACUGAUGUUUGCUGCUCAAGGUGGUCAUGAGGCCGUGGCCCAGCUGUUGCUUCAGCACGGUGCCGAUGUGGCGGCAGCAAGCAACGAUGGUGUCACAGCACUGAUGUUUGCUGCUCAAGGUGGUCAUGAGGCCGUGGCCCAGCUGUUGCUUCAGCACGGUGCCGAUGUGGCGGUAGCAAGCAACGAUGGCGACACAGCAUUGAUGUGGGCUGCUCGAGGUGGUCAUGAGGCCAUGGCCCAGCUGUUGCUACAGCACGGUGCCGAUGUGGCGGCAGCAAGCAACGAUGGUGUCACAGCAUUGAUGUGUGCUGCUCUAGGUGGUCAUGAGGCCGUUGCCCAGUUGUUGCUACAGCACGGUGCCGAUGUGGCGGCAGCAAUGAACGAUGGUGGCACAGCAUUGAUGUGUGGUGCUCUAGAUGGCCAUGAGGCCAUGGCCCAGCUGUUGCUACAGCACGGAGCCGAUGUGGCGGCAGCUAGCAACGAUGGUUCCACAGCAGUGAUGUUUGCUAGGGCAAACCGUCAUGCCGCGCGAACCGUGGAAAACGAGGUACUUCAUGCAAUCGCAGACACUGAGCAUUGCUUGGGCGCAUGGUAUGGAGAAACCAGCUUCAACUUGAGCUCCUUGGACCCACAGUUCACCUUCCAGGUGAGUUGCGUGCCCAGCCGUGGAAUAGGAUAUCCACUGCCAGGGAAGAAAAGCACCGGCACGGGGAAAGCCACGACUGCACCGGCCCCUGGCCACCGAUAUCCACUGCCAGGGAAGAAAAGCACCGGCACGGGGAAAGCCACGACUGCACCGGCCCCUGGCCACCGAAGCCAUUCAAAAUGUGCCAAUGCGGCACAGCCCUGGGACCCCAGCGAGUAUGUGGGGCACACCCUGCUGCAGGAGGCAGUUCGCAACCAUGGGCGAGUCGACUUGAUGCAGAAGAAGAACGGCGAGAAGAUUGCGGUGAAAAGAAUGCGGACCAGGCUGAACUGGAGCCUUGAGGAGUGGCCAAGGUCGGACCUAUGCAACUCUUUACGGCAUGUCACAUUGCCAUACCACCGACUUGAGAUCGUAGAGCUUGGCAUUGGGCAUUCGGGCGGCAGACCGCGGGGAGGCAUUGGUGCUGCGGCAGAUUUGCAGAAUCGGCCCUUGAAGCUCAUUGCGCGACAGUGCAUCUCUUCCCCGGCUGAUGGUGGGCAGGAAGUGAAACUGCUGCAGCUCGCUGCAAGCUGCAGCAAAAACGAUGCGUUGGAGCCGCGCCGUCCUGGGCUGCCAACAUUGUUGGGUGCUGUGCCGAAACACAGCGAAGCAUCAGACCCCAAAGGAGAGAAGGAUGCUGAGAAGGCUCAGAAGGCUCAGAAAGCAGAGAGAGUUGACGAUGUUGAAGUUUCGUGCCAUGCCUCUGCAGGUGCGAAGUGGCAUUUGGAGCUGCUGGCUGUGAGCGCCGAACUGAAAGAAAAGCUGCAAGAUCCUCAGUUCGUGGCGACCCGCUGCGACUUGGAUGGCUCUGGUGAUCUCGAUGCACACGAGCUGAAGCAGGCGGCCAAGGUCUAUGGCAUCUCGCAGAGCAGCUCCGAAAACCACGGCACCAAUCCUCGUCUCAUGGCUGGGCAACGCGUCAGCAAAGAAAGCUUCGCUGAAAUGGUGGCCUCUCAACGAAGCACCAAGCUGAUCAGAGCAGUCCCGCACUCUUUGCGUGGAAUGGCAUUGGGCCAGCUUCAACAUCUUGAAGACUUGUUCAUCACAAGUGGAUGGCUCUCUGCACGAUGUGAAUCCUUCAACGCAGAGAAUGCCCAUGCCAUUGCCAAUCGCACGAAGUUCAGACAAGAUACCAAUCUUUAUGCCUUGGACACCUUUGUGGUGACUCCAAUGUCGAAGCCGGACAUGUGUGGAGCCCGUGAACAUGAUGAGCAGCAGACCAUUGCUGAAGCACGCGGAAUUUCAUCGUUUUCACAACUGGUGAAUCCAUUCGGCCUGUUUGUUCACUGCUUUGUCUCCCAUUUUUGGGGACACAAGUUCACAAGCACCGUCACGGCUCUUGAUUUGUGGGCAGAUUCGAACUACGACAAGCUGACCUCGGAGAAGGAGGCCUUGGUCUUUUGGAUAUGCCUCUUUGCGUUGAACCAGCACGAUGUGGCGGAGGAGGGGGGGGAAAAUCCUCAGCAGGGGCCAUUCAACGCAGCACUGGCGCAAGCCACUGGUGGUGCAGUGAUGGUUUUGGAUGAAGAAGUGAAACCAUUUUCUCGCAUGUGGUGCCUCUUCGAGGCUUCUCGGUUGAAGGACUUGCAGCGGCCCUUUGAGCUCAUUUGCAGUGAAGGUUCCUUGUCCCAGCCUGAGAACGGUGGACGAAAGGCUGUGAGCGCCAAGAUGCUCGAAACCACAUGCCAGGCCUUGUGGAACGUGUCCACUGCCAAGGCUGAAAGCUCAAUAGCCAAGGACAAGUACCAGAUUUGGGGAGAAACGGCUGACGAAUCCAUCAGGAGUACCAUAAAGGGAUUGGGUGCUGAAGGCUACUUCAAUGGUUUCAUAGAGCAAAAUGGGGCCGAUGCGUUGGCAGAUGUCUUCAGAGACUUUGAUCGCUACAUGAAGUCUCUACUCUCCACUACGGUGCUGAAGGUCCUGAUGGCUAGGGGCGACUUUGCUUCGGCGGCCACGUGCUGCCUUCAAGGAGCAGAUGUUAGUUCUGAGCAGCUCACAAAGAUUUGCAGCAGUUUUGCAGCAGAAACUGAGAGAGAAGACUGGUUGAACAUCAUGCUGCGGCAGGCAUCCGAUGCAUCCAUGGCCAAACUGCUUUUGGAGAAGGGUGCCGAUGCGACGGCAGCCAGGCACGAUGGUGUCACAGCAUUGAUGUUUGCUGCUGUAGGUGGCCAUGAGGCCGUGGCCCAGCUGUUGCUACAGCACGGUGCCGAUGUGGCGGCAGCAGAAGACGAUGGUGGCACAGCAUUGAUGUUGGCUGCUGCAGGUGGCCAUGAGGCCGUGGCCCGGCUGUUGCUACAGCACGGUGCCGAUGUGGCGGCAGCAACUAACAAUGGUUUUACAGCACUGAUAUUGGCUGCUCUAGCUGGCCAUGAGGCCGUGGCCCAGCUGUUGCUACAGCACGGUGCCGAUGUGGCGGCAGCAAUGAACGAUGGUGGCACAGCUGUGAUGUUGGCUGCUCGAGGUGGCCAUGAGGCCGUGGCCCAGCUGUUGCUACAGCACGGUGCCGAUGUGGCGGCAGCAAGCAACGAUGGUGGCACAGCAUUGAUGUUGGCUGCUAAAGGUGGCCAUGAGGCCGUGACCCAGGUCCUGCUACAGCACGGUGCCGAUGUGGCGGCAGCAAGCAACGAUGGCUCCACAGCAUUGAUGUUGGCUGCUGCAGGAGGCCAUGAGGCCGUGUCCCAGCUGUUGCUACAGCACGGUGCCGAUGUGGCGGCAGCAAGGCACAAUGGUGACACAGCAUUGAUGUUGGCUGCUCUAGGUGGCCAUGAGGCCGUUGCCAAGGUGCUGCUACAGCACGGUGCCGAUGUGGCGGCAGCAAGCAACAAUGGUGGCACAGCACUGGUGUCUGCUGCUCUAGGUGGUCACGAGGCCGUGGCCCGGAUGUUGCUACAGCACGGUGCCGAUGUGGCGGCAGCAAGCAACCGUGGAACCACAGCACUGAUGUUUGCUGCUGGAGGUGGCCAUGAGGCCGUGGCCCAGCUGUUGCUACAGCACGGUGCCGAUGUGGCGGCAGCAAGGAACGAUGGUGGCACAGCAUUGAUGUUGGCUGCUCACGGUGGCCAUGAGGCCGUGGCCCAGCUGUUGCUACAGCACGGUGCCGAUGUGGCGGCAGCAAGGAACGAUGGUGCCACAGCACUGAUGUUUGCUAGGGCAAAUCGUCAUGAGGCUGUGGCUAGGCUCCUCAGGGAGCAUGGCGGUGAUCAGAAUUGGUUUCGGCGUUGGCUUUUUGGAUAGCCGCUGCGGGCAUCCAAUUUAUCGUAGAGCGCAGAG